GUGCGUUCUCUUAGCCAAGCAUCGGUAAACAAUUACACAGAAAAUGAGAGCUUUUAAAAGUUAUCAAAUUUGCUUGGAAAAAAAUCGUUGUGCUAUUGCAAACCUGUUCGCUGCCAAGUCUUGUCAGUUGUGUUCUCAGCGUGACAGCGUCAAAACAGAGAAAUGGCAAGUGAAUCGCAGAUCGAGGAACUUUACCAGUUCAUUUAUCCAUUAGCAGUUCGGGCUGGUGAAAUACUCUACGAAGGCUAUCAGAAUGCUGGCAAGGCUGUGGCCCUCAAAUGCAACGAAUUCCACAACGUGGUCACCGAGUACGACAACCAGAUCGAGGAGUUCCUCAUGGCCAACAUUCUGGCCACGUACCCGGAUCACAAAUUCAUUGGUGAAGAAGAUACGCAUAAGAACAACAAUGUGACCAAGGAACUGACAGAUGCGCCCACCUGGAUCAUUGAUCCCAUCGAUGGCACCUCGAAUUUCAUUAAGCAAAUUCCUCAUGUCUCGGUUUCCAUCGGACUCGCAAUCAACAAGCAAAUCGUGCUGGGCAUUGUGAAUAAUCCUGCCCAGCAGAAACUCUACACUGCCAAGCUGGGACAAGGCGCCUUCUGCAAUGGGGAGAGCAUCCAUGUCAGCGACUGUGAGCAGCUGAAUGCCGCCAAUGUGGCCUACGAGGUGUGUCUGCUCCACUCGGCGCCAAUAAGAAACAAGCACAUCAAACGCAUCUAUUACGUUGGCUCCCAGGCCAGACGAUUGUUGGGGUAUUCGGCUGUGGUGGAUUCAUUGUGCAUGGUUGCUGCUGGCAAUCUAGAUGCCUUUCACAUUGAGGACAUGUAUCCCUGGGAUUGUGCAGCGGGUUAUUUGCUCAUACGCGAAGCUGGCGGCGUUGUUACCCAUCCAUAUGGCGGACCCUUUGACAUUAUGAAACCCAAUCUUAUUUGUGCCGGCACAGAGACAUUGAGGAAUCAAAUCGAGCAGUUAAUUCGACAAGCUGAUCAAGCCAAGUCUGUGGGCAGCGAUGAUUGAAGCUAGCGAAACUUGUAGUCUCAUUAAUAAAACUUCUCAUACACUAUAAUUUUGAUGUGUCAUCCUGAGCGAGCUCAGUUUAAAAGCUAAACAAGUGAAGCUUGGCAGUCUUUACUACAAUACUAAAUCAGAUAGUAGUAAUAAUAAUCUACAGAUUAAAAUAACUUUUUAAAACCUUGGAUACAGAGUUGAAACUUCAGCAUGGGAAGCCUAACUAUUUAACGAACUAACAGUUUAGCUGAUUAUUUAUUUACUGUCUUUC